AUGCCUUUAGUAAUCCAAACAUACCUCAUUUUCCUCCUUCAUAUAUUGUUUGCAUCUUCUGUCCUUGCUGCCCCUGAUAUAGUCGGCCUUCUCACUCAAGACCGUGGCGGACUCGCGGAUGGCGGAUCUGACUAUGCAAAGCCAGAGGUCGAGACCCAGUUCAUGGGCAAUUGGAUAAUCGAUAAUCCAAAUGCAGGUGUGGCAGCCAUGCAACUACAGUUGAUGCCUAACGAUAAGGUCGUCUGGUUUGAUACCACAUCGCUUGGGCCGUCUGGGCUGAAACUGCCUGAAGGAGUUCUUUGCCCGUCAAAUCCAGAUACAAAGAACGAGCCUGAUUGCUACGCACAUGCCAUCGCUUACGACUGGAAGACCACAAAGUACAGAACGCUUACGUUGAAGGGUGAUGCAUGGUGCUCGUCCGGAAACUUGUGGCCAAAUGGAAACCUAAUGGCUACCGGGGGGACCUUGUCCGGUGAUAGGGCUAUCCGAGUGCUCGCUAACGAUGAUCCUAAAGCAGACUUUGAUACCAGAAUAGGUGUUCUUGCUGCUGUUAGAUGGUACUCGUCUAACCAGGUUUUGCCCGACGGGAGUGCUGCCGUCGUGGGAGGCAGAGACUCGUACAGCUACGAGAUUGUACCUCCCCAAAUGGAAUUCAAACAUCGGAAAUUCGAUCUCCCUUUCCUCCAACAAACAACAACACCCCCUUUAGGACCUGGAAGGCCUGUUGAAAACAAUCUCUAUCCAUUUCUUUACCUACUACCCGAUGGUAACUUAUUCCUCUUCGCCAACAAUCGCGCCAUCAGCUUCACUCCACAAACGGGCCAAGUUGUCCGUGAGUACCCAGAGUUAAAAGGCGGAUCACGCAACUAUCCCCCUUCAGGCAUGUCUGCGCUUUUCCCUUUAAAACUCACAGCCGAUCAUAAACCUCUCAAUACCGAGAUUGUAAUCUGUGGUGGUAAUGACCCAAAGGCAUACGAGGUCGUGGACGCAAGACAUGUUCACGACAAGCAGUUCAUGACGGCACUCCAAGACUGUCAUAGAAUUCAGCCAUUAAAUAAAGAUGCAACUUGGGUAGAAGAACAAAAGAUGCCAUCACCAAGGACCAUGGGAGACUUGAUACACCUUGCCAAUGGUGAUCUUUUGAUGCUUAAUGGUGCGAAAGGCGGCACAUCAGGUUGGGAAGAUGCCAGGGAUCCUAAUUUUGUUCCGCUUUUAUAUACACCAUACAAGCCUAUGGGUAAGAGGUUUAAAGAAUUAGCUCCAACAACAAUAGCCAGAAUGUAUCAUUCCUGCUCAGCAUUGUUACCUGACACCAGAGUGUUGGUUGCUGGAAGCAACAUGCACCAGUUCUACACAUAUACUGGCGACUAUCCAACCGAAUUAAGGGUGGAGAGAUUUGCUCCACCGUACUGUGACCCUGCCCUUGAUUGCGCAAGACCAGCUAUCUGCCCCAAGGCUACUGAUAAGGUGUUGAAGUAUGGGAAACCAUUUAAGAUUACUACUAUUCGUCCUCGGUUGGUGUUGGGUGAGAUUAAGGUAACUUUGUUGUACCCACCAUUCACCACACAUGGUUUCUCCCAGAGCCAGAGGAUGCUCAUUCCGGCUAUAACAAACAUUGAGAAUAAUGUGAUCACCGCGGUUGCACCUGGAAGCGGAAUGCUGGCUCCUCCCGGGUACUACAUUUUGUUUGUAAGUCGCCUCGGUGUACCUAGCUCUGGUAUUUGGGUCCACAUUGAGUAA